GUCUCGCGGAGCCGAGUCUCGCGAGAAGCGGUGUUGGCGCGCUUGGCGGCGGCCGCUGUCUAGGUGAGGAAAAGAUGUUAGAGCAAGAAGAAAAUGGCUUGUUUGAAAUACCAGAUUAUGAACAUGUAGAGGAUGAAACUUUUCCUCCCUUCCCACCUCCGGCCUCGCCAGAGAGAGAUCCUGCAGACGCUGAACCUGAGGAAGGAUCAGGGAGUGGAGUACCUGUUCCGCCAAAGAGAACAGUUAAAAGGAAUCUACCUAAGCUAGAUGCUACGAGAUUGACUUCAGAGAGAGGGCUUCCAGCCUUAAGGCAUGUGUUUGAUAAGACGAAAUUCAAGGGGAAGGGUCAUGAGGCUGAAGACUUGAAAACGCUAAUCAGACACAUGGAGCACUGGGCACAUAGGCUAUUCCCCAAGCUGCAAUUUGAAGAUUUUAUUGACAGAGUCGAAAACCUAGGAAAUAAAAAGGAGGUUCAGACCUGUUUAAAACGAAUUCGACUUGAUCUGCCUAUUGUACAUGAAGAUUUUGUUAACAAUAAUGAUGAAGUUGGAGAAGCUAAUGGCCCAGAUGUAUCUGCUACUGGAUUUGAUCCCUUCUUGACAAGUUCUUCUGACAGCAGGAAGUUUGCUUCUGAACCAACUAGAAGCCUAACAGAAGAGCAGCAACAGAGAAUUGAGAGAAAUAAACAGCUGGCCUUGGAAAGAAGGCAGGCAAAGCUACUGAGUAAUAGCCAGUCCCUAGAAAAUGAUGUGACAGUUGAAGAGAACAGUACUGGUGAGGAUCAAGAAGAGUCAAAUGGAUUAAACAUAGACACUGCUGAUGGUCCACAUGAUGUUCCUUUCGCCAGUACACAUGAAGAGGAACAGUGCAAAGCAGAGGAGACACAACUGGACCAUACUAACUUAGACUAAUCUAGAAAUGCUAUAAGUAGCCAACUCUACAACAGAAUCCUGCAAGCUUGGGGUUACUUGUAGUGUUUUCUACCUUGUAUAAAUCCUUAAGUCUUAAGACUUAUGUGGAUUCCUGCUUAAAAUACAGUGACUAUUUAAAUUGUUUCCUACUUAUUUUAGUAAGUCUGUUUAUUAUUUUUGGUGUCCUGUAUAAGUCUGCCUUUAUAAGCUAUUUUGUAGUUUGCAUUGAAUUGUUUCUCGCUAAAUUGGGUAAUGAUUUAAAAUGUAAAUAUGCACUCACUAUUAGGUCAGUUUUUAUAAAGAAAUAAAUUAUUUUGUAAGCAACUCUCAGGAUUUGAGUUUCUCACCAUGAUUUAGUUAUACAAUUUAAACUUUUUGCUGAAGCAGUUAAGAAUUUUGACUUUUUAAAAUCUCACUCAUUACAGCAUCCUGGCUGGUCUGAAAUUAGAGGUCAAUGUCCUGCUUUUUCUGCCUUCAAAUGCUCUGUGUGACAGCUGUGUACAUCAUCUGGUCUUUUCUUUCAUAUCAUUAUUGGAACAGUCUGUCUCACUGCAAUCUCAGCUGGUUUGAAGGCUGCUUUGUGUUGGGGUUAAAGGUCUGUGCCACAACACUCAUCUUGCUACAGAGUCACUUUAAUGUUUAAAAGAUCACAUAAAAGGUUGAUACUGGGACUGGCAAGAUGGCUCAGUGGAUAAGAGCACUGAUGGCUCUUCCAAAGGUCCUGAGUUCCACAGGGUGGCUCACAACCACCCGUAAUGAGAUCUGACGCUUUUUCUGGUGCGCCUGAAGACAGCUACAGUGUACUUAUUUACAAUAAUAAAUCAAUCUUUGGGUUGAAGUGAGCGGAAUUGACCGGAGCUAGCCAAAGUCCUAAAUUCAAAUCCCAACAACCAUAUGAAGGCUCACAGCCAUCUGUACAGCUACAGUGUACUCAUAUACAUAAAAUAAAUCU